UUUGACUGAAAAUGUUUUCAGAAACCUCUUAAACUUGAAUUGGGCACCCUGAAAGUCACCGACUACCAAGCACCACAAUUGAAUGCAAGAGGAUUUUUUUGGGUCAGAAGUGAUACAGCCACUGACUUCCAACUACGUUUUAAAAGCUACCGACCCAAAUUUUGAACGUUGGCGAGAAAAACACAUCCAGGACGCUUUAAAACUAGUCGAGGAGAUUCCUAGGUGGAAGCCCCUUGGAAACCACGACGGUGUCGCUUUAUACGAAAAGGCACCUGCUAGCGGAGAUCAUACUUGGUAUGGACGUGUGUCGAGGCAUAAAAGAUCACUCAAAACUUUCAAGAAAGGUCUUUUAUAUGAGCACAUAAAAAAAGAAGAAUGCUAUGAUCCACUCAUAUUUUCUGCCAGUCAGUUAGAAACUAUCAUCGAGGAUGAGAUUGAAGUCUGGAUGUAUAGGUUCAAAACACCUUGGUUCUGUAGGAAUCGAAUUUACAAGCAACUUGUUAUUUCUGUCAUGUUAGAUCCCGAUUCUUUUAUUGUAUUACAAAGACCAGUACAGUACAUAAACACAAAUCCUAUUUUCACUCCUAAUCCGCAAGGAGUCGCGGGCUAUUAUGAAUCGGUGGAUUUUGUUUCCAAGAAGUAUCGAGAUGACGGUAAAGAUGAUGGUGUUUUAUGGAUCUGUGCUGUACGGAACGAUUACGGAAAGUUAUUAUCGAGUUGGUUCUUAGGCCCGUCAUUCACAAAACUGCUUACUCGACAGGUGAAACUGUUUAAUGACUGGCUAAACAGAACCUAUCCGAAGAAAGGUUAAAAAUCCGUUGCUUUGGAAAACUGCAAGAAACUUUAGCUUGAAUUGACUCAAAACCUAACUUGCUAUAUAGCAUAUGAUGUAAUGACUUUUUUGUUGUCUGUUGGAUAUGAAAGUUAUCUCGUUUGUUUGCUAUUACAAAGUUCAAACAGUGUGUUCUCUUGUAAUUAGCAGAGGGUUUUAGACAUUACAAAUACUCUGAAUUUUUAUUACCUUGUUUGUUUUCUUUUUGGAUCGAUUGAAAUCUAUUGUUGGUUUAUUUUUUUUGCAGCCUAUAUUCAUUUUUUGAACAAGUCAUUCAGUUAUGGUUAAUGAGAUGGUUCGUUAUGAUUCUAAAAUAAAAAUUAAUUAUUCCUCGUA